CCAUGGCGGAAGGUCGAAUAAAUCUUGCCGCACUUCAACAGCGCGAUCCUUAUAUAACUGACAUAGUAGAAACUGCCAGUCAAGUGGCAUUGUACUCUUUUAGCCCUAAAGCUAAUGAGUGGGAGAAAACUGAUAUAGAAGGCACACUUUUUGUCUACUCGAGAUCUGCGUCUCCCAUCAAUGGAUUCAUGAUCCUGAAUCGUCUAGGCCUCAACAAUCUUAUUGAGCCGUUAAUCAAGGAUCUCGAGUUCCAGCUACAAGAUCCGUUCUUGUUGUACAAAAACGCUAAUUCUAUUUAUGGUAUAUGGUUCUAUGAUAAAGAUGAAUGCGCACGUAUUGGACAACUUAUGAACAGUCUGGUUCAAGUGACAAGAACCAGUGAGCAGGAGCCUUCCAACCUUGAAACCAGUCGACCACGCCGUGCCUCUGAGAGCGAUACGAUGUACGAUAGACGAGACACCCCGACCAAGAAUCCUGUGGACAUCUUACAGAUGCUGUCAAAGGCGCAGGAUGAAUAUGAUAAGUCAAAAGGACAUAUUUCACCUCCAAAGAGAGGUCCAGCAGCAGCCGGUGCAGCCUCAGGGGAGCCCAAGCCCAUGAUAGAUAACCCCAAUGCCUCUGCCACGGCCACAGCUGACAGUGCCAGCUUGGUCAGGCCAACGGCUAUCAAGCUGGAGCAUGAAAGUAUUGCUGAAGGUUCCAGUGGUGGUGCAGCUGGAGGUUCCAUAAGUUUACAGACAUUGUUUGGGAAACUCAGCGCUAGCAGAGAAGCAGAGCAGGCUUCUUUACAACAGGGAAAGACAGUGGCACUGGCAGAAUCUGGUGACGUCCUCCUGAAACGCCUCAUGUCAAAUCCAGGCAAUACGUUGGAGGAAAUCGAACGUAAACAAAGAGAAGUGCCUGAUGGGAAAACGUUCGACGUCGGAACUCUUGAAUCUCAAUCUCGCGUUGGGAAAAUACAACAGCGGAAGAAAAGUAUUCCUAAGGACCAGAAGCCGCCAUAUAGCCCUGAUACGGACUUAAAGAUGAAACUGAAUAUCAUAUCGUCACCUUCCCAAUCUAUGAGUAAUGGUGCUAGUUCAAAAUAUGACAGUCAAAAAUUACGCUCCGUGCAUAGCAGCAGCGAUCCCCAGAAGCAACAGCCUGUCGCUGUUCAUUCAGUCGCUUCAGCAGGCAAUAUGUCGAUAAUGGUUUCGUCACAAGGGGGCAGCGCUUUAUCUAAUGUUUUAAAUCAGUCGUUGGCAGACGCCUUGGCUCCGCAAGGAACUGGACUUCCACCAAUGCCAACUUCUACCACUUCAACAGUCGUGAGCACAAGUUUGUUGACUCCGGCGGAAUUGUCGACGCCCAAGUCUCUCCAAGCACAGUCGCUAGCUCUGGCUACUACACUUAGUGGACAGCCGCCACCAGCUUCACCCAUCAAGCCCGUGCCACCUCCUGCCGACGUCCUGAUGUCACCGAUGGCCUUCCAGCAGUCCAGUGGCGGAGCCACUAGUGCACCUCUUCACCAAUCGUCUUCAGCACAGGCACUUCAACAGCUGUCAAUCACAAAGACAACAACUUCCUCCAUCAGUCCACCAACACUCACUACCCCGCAGGCCAUGACAUCUUUGAAUUUCCCCUCAUUUUCACAAGUGCCCGUCAACGGUAGUGGGGACCAAGCCAGUAUAAAUCCACUCACUCGCGAUCAACUACAGCAGUCACUUGUUUAUCUCGUGAAGAAUGAUCGUGACUUCAUGGAGAAAAUCCAUGAUGCUUACGUAAAGAGUUUGAAGCGUCAGCACUAGUGAAAGUGUUAGUGUGUGCAUCCAUAGGCAGCUGACUUGGAUGUUCUGAAUUGCACAAAACUUUGGGCAUAUUUGCUGUUCCGAUGCUGGGCUACAAUUCUGCCAACUGACUAUGAUUUGUGGAAUUACGGUUUCCUUUGGUGUUGUAUUCUGAGCAAAGAUGGUCUGAAAAUGAAAUGCUGUUUUGAAAAUGAUGAAAAGAGGAUAUUACCGCUGAGUAGAUUCGGAAAGAGCAUCUCAGUUGUGUGGGGAAAGACUUCCAAGUGAUUUAUUAUAUUAUCGCUGAAAAUAGACACUGUAGUACUGUGAUCACACUGCCUGCAAAAUGGAACUGACAUGUUUCAGCCUGUUUUCGAACUGAUAGUAUUCAAAGCUGGAUUUUGUAAAAGUUGUAGAUAUUGAGAUGCUAAUGCCUUGGUUUUGAAGUAAGUGAAUUUUGUUGACGGAUUUGCAAGGCAGGUUAUUCAGGGUCAAAGCCAUUGCAAGUGCCACUGAUUUAGCUGAUCAGCUGCAGGUUUGAUCCAUGCGGCUUAAGCAGCAGUGUGCUCUGUGGCAGAGGGAUACCAACAAACAUCGCCGAUGGAUCGACAUGGGUUGAUUUUGUUUGGGGGCAUUUGCAGGUCAGUCAUUUUUAAGCUCAAAGUUUCUAAAGAAGUGCAUCUUUUAGGAGGAAAUUCUGUUGUGGUCGAGUGUUUAUAUGGUAUAUGGUAGAUGACGUUGGGAGUCCCACAAGGUUCUAAACUAUUGCCAGUGCUCUUCAAGAGAUAACAGGAGUUUAGAUCUGAUUGAUUCUGGUAAUUCAAUCAGAAUCAGGUCCUUUGAAGUAAAAUGAAUUUGAGAGUUGGAUUGGAAAGAUGAGUGAUAAGUGUUUUGACAUAUUUUUUUUGCAUUUUUUAUGGGAAAUGCUGAGGUUACGAUUUUUCAUUCCCACGCCGGUGCUAAAUGAUGGAUUAUGGCUUCAGUUGCAAUGUGCUCUGAUAGAAAGAAGAGGCUGCAGGCUGAAGGAAAAAUGGCCUGUAUAAUGUCUUUCAACCUUCUGACGAGGAUUUAAGGGCGUAUUCUGAAGCUUUAUAAAAAAUUUCAUGAUUUAUGUUGUUUAUUCUAAUGUAUAUUGUCCAUUAGUUUUGAGAUCUCGCUUAUAUUUACUGGCUGUGCCAUAGAUAACGGGCAAGUUGUAAAAAUGGAUGUGUUUGACCUGAGGGCUCUAUGCUCUAUCUUUAUGCAGUUCAAAUUCUGAAUGAAGUAGCUACAUGUACAUGUAUAUCAGGUUGAUUAGAAUGACAUAAGCCCUAUGAUGCACUGGUUAGAAGGUGAUUUGGGGCAGCAGACUACCUUCACAUUUGGCUCCCUGUGAGAGAUAGAAGAGGUGAGGUUUAUACGCAGAGGCCAAAGUUUUGAGUUCACCACAUGCCUCUGUACACUCCCCAAAGUGUUCAGUGGUAGUCGAUGUGGAAGACAGCUGUCAUAGACAUGAUAAAAAGUGUUCAAUCCUGUCGCCUCUCUUAUAGUGAGGAACAUCAGUAUUUACUCAUGUCUUUGACUAUGGUUUACUUUCAGCCAAAACAAGGACUCUGAAUACAGUGCUUUAAGUUAAUACCAGGGUCGCUGAAUAACAAAGUAAAACAUUUGUAUGGUAUAAUGGUCCUGAAAGAACAUCCUUGGAAAGUAUGUCCACAUAAGAAUGAGGUAGACCAUGAUACCCUGGCGAUAGGGAGUUAAUUGAGUGAGUGUAACUUAUUCUGUUGUCUUUUAUUAUGAAUUGAAAGACAGGUUGAUUAACCUGGCUUUUAAGUUGGCAGAGCACAAGUUUCUGCUGGCUGUCAUUAAUGCACAGUCACAUAAUUCCUGUGUAGAGUGUAGACCUGGAAGUUUACGCAAACUGUCUGUUUGUGUACAUUCUCUGAUGUAGCCCUACAUUGCUCUCUACACAUGAAUUCUGUAUUGAUUGCACACGAGUGAUGACCGCAGUAAAUUGUCCUCUUCCGACUUUGAUUUUAUAAAGUGAUUGUUCCCUUUGAGGGCCAAGUGCAUUUGGGGAGAAUGUACUUCAAAUUGUAGAGCAUUAUGUUCAUUAGAAUGAAAGCUUGAAAGUUGCUUUCAGAAUCCCCUGAGCGAAAUUUGAUAAUUAAUUUAAAUUUUUUUCAGUUUCUGUUCCUAAAAAGAACAUGGAGUCAGCAUUUUCUUACACGAUUAAAAGUCCUUAUUUCUGCGUCCAGAUUAUGCCACUGCCAAAAACUGUGUUCUUUAUCUUUGGUCACAUUUGUGGUCUAUAACUCACUCUGCCUGUAUUUUUUCAAAGAAUGCAUGCAUUUUUUGUGGGAGUUCAUCAAAUAAACAUUGUUUAUUUCUAAUAGCAGUAAAAACUAGAUGGGGUGGACUGAAGUGCCUUUUAUUCACAUCUGUGGCAUCGUGCACUCCAAGAGGAUUCUUGUAUAUGUUUCUGCAUCAGGAAGUGAUUAUCUUUUUUUUGUGGGGGGGGGGGGGGGUUGAAUAAAUAUGAGUGAUUUCUUGAAUUUUGUUGUCCAUGUUUUCUCAACAUUCCAACAAUUCUUGGUGGUUAUUUUGGGCCCAACUUAUUGAGUGAUAAAACCCUAUGUUGCAUAAAAUGCUUUAUGGUCUGGUUCACUUUGUUUCUUUACGAGAUUAAAUAGGUCUCAUGACGCGUUCAGUUUCUUUUUAAACUAGAUCUGAUGGGGUUUUCAUAGUUACUUAAUAACUUUGUCUUACAAGGAAAUAUGUGGAUCUUCCAGGGAAAGAGCCCAUAUCUUGUUAUUGAAUCGAAAUCAUGUUGGUCUUUUAGACAAGACUUCACAUAGAUAAUUCGAGGUGUUGUGAAAAUGGUCCGAUUGUAAAAUCCAGCUUAAUUUGGUUCUAUCCCCAAGCCUAAUAUGAGAAACGUAAUAGUAAUGAUUGAAAUCAACUUUCCCUGUAGUUAUUCCUGGACAGAAGUCCUAGUUUUUUUGUUAACAGUCAAUUCACAAAGCUAUGUGAUCAGAUAUCAUUUUUCUUUUAGUUUUUUUGGGUGAGGUUGGGAGCUUUGCUUGACUGUUUUAAAACCUUUUUGGGUAGAAUACAGAGAGAAACUUAUUACAAAUUGACUAAUAAUUGGUGUAUUGGAGGGGAUACAUAGAGUAGGUUUA